ACCAUAAUAAUUAACUUUAAAUCGUACCUACGAAAACGUCUGCCGCUAAAGCUUUCCGUAUUUCGUUAGUUUUCUAUUAUUAAUAAUAACAUUACCUGUAAUAAUUGUUGUUUUUCAAUUUAUAAUUUCGUUGAUUCAACUACAAACGAAUAACGAGAUAAAUCGACCGACAAUCGAUCUUCGAUAUUUCAAUAAUUACUAUACACUAUUACACUGUUUGCUUGUUAACUGUAUUAUUUUUACGCUUUAGAUCUGUAACAAUCAUAGUAUAUUUACACAUAUUUUGACAUGUAUGUCCAAGUAUCAGCAAGUGAAAACAGUGAUCCCAUUGAUAUGCCAACAGAAGACGACAACAGUCUUCUAUUAUCUACUUUAGAAGCACAAUAUCCUGGGAUUAUUGGUUUGAAGUAUCGUGUUAAUAAUAGGUUACGCAUAGUACGUCUCAAUGAAGGCAAAUUGUACCCUCCUGAAGAUGGCUGGUUAGAUCGUAUGUAUUUGUGUAAUUUUCGUAAUACACCUACAGAAAAACGUAAGCACAGUGAAAUUGAUGAUUAUAAUAAAGCUGAAGAUGAUAACAGUGUUUCUGAUAUGGAUUUGGUUGUACUGGGUUUACCGUGGAAGGUAACUGAAGAGGAUUUGAAAAAAUAUUUCACCAAAUUUGGUCAAGUAGAAUAUACUCAAAUUAAGACUGAUCUUAAUGGUAAAUCAAAAGGGUAUGGAUUUGUCAGGUUUAAGCACAAGAAGUCUCAAGUCCGUGUUAUGCUUGAACGACACAACAUUGAAGGUCGGUGGUGUGAUGUACGUAUACCAAAUAGUAAAGAUAAACAUGUAAAUAAAGUUCCGCGAAAGGUAUUUAUUGGUCAAGUGUCUGAAGAAGUGGACGAAGAAGCAUUAAAAAAUUAUUUUAUCAAAUUUGGAGAAAUAUCAGAUUUAUUUUUACCCAGGCCACAUAGAGGUUUUGCAUUUGUGACGUUUACUGAUCCUUUAUCAGCUCAAAAAGUUAUUGGUAAAGAUCAUAAAGUUGGAGAUUGCAGCGUAGUAUGUACAGAAGCUAUACCAAAAAAGGAAAUGGCUCCCAAAUGGAAUGAUUAUGAUAGUAGAGACAGAGUUAAGGAUAGGAGAAGAGACCGAUCACCCAACCAGCCACAAGCCUGGUGCCAAGAUAACAUUUGGGAUUAUGAUCAGGAAUAUUAUGACCGGCUAUAUAGUCGAGGAAGUGGGCAUCAAUCAGUCAAUAAUAGUUAUGCAAAUGAUAAGAAUAUAAAUUCAGACAUGGUAGCAGCUGCAGUAAACAAAGCAGUAAUGGGAGUGAUUGGAAAUUUGAAAGGACAGGGUAAUCAAGGUGAUAAAUUACCAGGAUCUGAUGAUUGGUGGAUGAGGAGAUGAAUAAAUAUCUCUCAAGUUAGUACUGAUUCUGAUUACCUAAAAAGAAUGAGGAAAAAAUUGAUAAUUACAGAUAAUAAAUUAAAAGUUAAUACACCAGUCAUUGACUAUCACAUGCAAGUUCCUCAAUAUUAUUCUUAAUAUAGGUACAAAACAAACUGUAUUCAAAAUAAAUUUCUUAUUAA